ACCAUGACGACCAUCGACGUGACCGGCCGUAAUCCGCGGUUUUUACUCCGUACGCUAGAGCCAACGCCGGUGGUGGCCGCGUUUGCGGAGUGGGGAAGCGAAAGCGGGAAGCGGGUAGAGCCCAAAGUUGGUAGAGUCGGUAGAGUGUAGCGGCUCUGGAGUGUAGAGUCGAGUUUAACAUCCAUUCACUAUGCAUUCACGGUUCAUCCAUUCAUCCAUCUAUUUUAAAAAUUAAACAUGGCCGCGUACUACCUUUAUUUGCAGCUUCUGAUCGCUCCUUUAUUUGCCCUGGGGGACCUCUCGGCAGACGAGUGCCUGGCCCUGGGCUUCCGGAAGCCCGACCUGGCGUGUGCCUCCUGCCGGGGCCUGGCGGCCUUUGACCUGGACCUGCUCCGGGACGGCUGCCACCGCUGCUGCGCCCACACCCAGGACCGGGACGCCCCCAAGCGGUAUCCCCGGGCCGUGCUGGAGGUGUGCGCCUGCAAGUUCGGACACAUGCCGCAGAUCGAAGCCUUUGUGCGGGGCCCCAAGCACAAGCGGUUCCCCAAGCUGAGCAUCAAGUACCUGCGGGGGGCCGACCCCAUCAUCAAGCUCAUGGACGACCGGGGGGAGGUGCAGGAGGAGCUGAGCAUCAAGAAGUGGGACACGGACACCAUCGAGGAGUUCCUGCUGGAGCACCUGGAGCAGUGACCCCCGCCCUCCGGCCGUCCAACUGCCCUCGUUUUCUAGAGACCUUUUAGUGGCUGCACCUCCACGACGGAAUUUUACGACCCAGUCUUUGUGGGUACGUCCCUCCGUAAAAAUACUAUAAAGUUUACAAUCGCGCCGACGUUUCUUUAUUUGUAAUUAACGACUCGUCGCAUUUCAUGAUGGUCGCCGUUUUUACGAAUGGUUUUGUAACGUUACCGUCUACAAAAAGUUUUCUACACCACAAUCUGCCUAACAAUUGGAACUCAAUAAAAUCUUUACACU